GACGCGGCCAGCCGCCUCUCGGACGAAGAUGGCGGCUGGUUCCGGGAGCAAGAGGCAUUUAGAAGAGUUUGAAGACGGGGGCCGACCAGACAGGAAAAGACAGUGCUGCAUGGAAUGCAGGUGCUCACCCUCUCAGGCACAUUCCCCAAGCAGUGGAAGAGCAGCUUCUCCAGUCUCUUUACUGAACAACGGUGGAUGCUCUGAGGAUGACUUGGAUGACACUAUCCUGGAUCGUUCUGAUGAGGAAAAGCCAGACUCCCCCACUGGACUCUCUCGUGAAGCUGAGGAUGAGCUCCUAGCAGAGGAUCUGGAAGCAUCCCCGUGUUCUGUGGCAGUUGAAGUGAAUAGCUGUGCGGAUGCCAAGAGUGACAGCGUUUUAGCUUCUCCUGAAUCCGCACAGCCUCUGAGGGCGCUAGAUGAGGUUGAACGCACCAAACCUCGGUCUCAGGCUGGUUCUUCAGCCAGCUCAAGUGGGGGUGCUGUUUUCAGGAAUUAUUUGGAGAAUCUAAACUGGGGGGGGUUCUUGAACAAGAGCUCUCAAAAUCGAGCAGAGUUUGGUGCAGAUUGCAACGGCUCUAGGUUUCCAGGAGCUGCUUCAGACAUAGCAGCUUCUCUGAAUCUAGAGAAAGAGAGAGAGCUGUCUGGAGAAAUAGAUAAUGAAGUAAUAAAAGUAGUGACAAAUUACUUGCAAAUAGGAAGCCAGCUAGUGGCUGAACAUGAAUCAUUUGGUGCAGCGGGCGAGCAGUCCUCAGAGAGACAGACUUCCCUAAAUCCCAAGCAGCUCAGAGGCAAGAAUACUAGCAACCUGCUGCCUGAAAAAGAAUUAGAUACUGCUGGCUUGCAUGGAGAGGCUGCAGUAUCCGCUCAUGUCAAUGGCCAAAGAGAGGAUUGUGUGGAAGUUCCUGGUGUUAAAAAAACAAAUAGUCCUAUGAAGCCUGGACGGAUAUUAAUUCAAGAAGCAGACCUCGAGUUGAUGAAGGAAAGAUACGUCAACGCCGUACUUCACCACGCUAGCUCUGUCCCAUCGCUCAUAGAUUCAGUCCACGAGAUGUUCACGCUGGUAGAUACGGUCGCUUCCAAAUCCGUAUAUGGGCACCCAACAGACCUGACAGCAAGGAACUACGCUGGACGGAGUCAGAGCACAACCCAGAGAUUUAAUCUCAACCAGUGGGUGGACCAUAACAUGCACAACAUUGGCCGGUUUGAUGGAAUCCCUGAUCACUUUGAGCGUAGCCCAGUCCUAAACCAGAAGACAUUUUUAUUCCAAGAUGCUCUUUAAAUGUUGUUCAGCUGCUGGCAGUUUAAUUUGUUUAGGAUAUGUGUUACUAUUAAUAUUAAGGCCAGUUGAAUGUUUUUGUUUUUAUUACAAAUAUUUGUUUACUUUAUCCUAGACCUUUUUCACUGCUAAAUUUGUUUUAGAAAUUUUGUGUUUUUACUAUUCUAUUUGAUAUUGCACCUUGAAUAUGUUAUAAAUGUUUGUUUUAAAAUUC